GAACAUGUGCUUGGCAUAUUUUAUAUUUGGUGCAGCAGAGUCAGUAGAAAGAUUGAGUCAAUCCAUCAGGAGUGUUUGCACAUAUUACAAUUUUACAAUUACAAUUACACCGUUUUAAAUAAAAAUUGGUAAUUUAUAAUGGAGUGUCACGAGGAAGACGAAGAAAAAUCUUCUGCCACACCGAGGGCAGUUAUCCAAAAAGCUCCGCGUUCAAAGCGUCCACAUAAUUUUUCAUCUACAGAAGGGUCGAAGCGUCGACUGUUAUGUACAGUGGAAACGUGUGGAUAUUCCACCCCACACUCCAAGGACUUGACUCGACAUAUGCGGAAACACACGGGUGAAAAGCCUUUCAAGUGUGACCAAUGCGAAAAAUCAUAUAGCCGUGCAGAUAAGUUAUCGCUUCAUGUUCGACUUCAUCAGAACAAAAAGUUAUUCGCCUGUAGCACAUGUGAUUAUACAACGGUCGACAAUCACAGUUUAACAAAACACCUCCGUGUUCAUAACGGUGAACGGCCUUUCAAAUGCCAAGUGUGUCCAUAUGCUGCAAAAGAAUCGUCCCAGUUGGUCGUUCAUCUCCGCAGUCACACCGGUGAUUGUCCUUAUACUUGCUUUACACCUUAUUGUUCAGCUGCCUUCAAAACACUUUCCGACCUUAAACGCCAUGCUCGCCUCCACUCAGAAGAGAAGCCAUAUUCUUGCCCUCAUUGUACUCAUCGUAGUCGUGUAAAAUCUAAUCUCAUGUCACACAUUCGCUCCGUGCACAAGGAUCAAUUAACAACAGAUGAGGGUGUGCUACCUCCUUCCAAAAAUUGGACAAAGUCCAAAACGAGCACUAAAGCAGCAACUAUUAUUAUGAGGGGUAGGACAACUCAACCAACUAUUCCACUUCUUGAGGCUGGGGUGACUGAUGAACAGCAGUAUGUUUGCGGAGGAGAAUAUGUAUCGUUAUUGCGUCAUGAAGAAGAGGAAGAAGAGGAAGAAGAAGAAAUGAGUAUGAAGCAGCUGCCAGUUCAAAUGGUAAUACUGGAGGGACGCAGUAUUCAUAUCCCACCCAAAAAGGAGUCCUCGUCACAGGAUGUAGAGGAUGAAGAAAUUCAAGAUACCCAACUUCCAUUUGAAUUUGCAUGCAAGAAAUGUUCCUUUCGUGCUGCCAACUACAAAAGCUUUGUAGCCCACUUAAAAAACAGUCCUAAAUGUGAUGAUCCAAAUCAAACUCAAGAAUUUCUUACAAAAACUGUUCCAAUCAAGAAACCCGUAGGUCGACCCUCAUUGCGAGGUCGUCGAAAUGGCGGCCUUCAAAGUGGUUUGGAAACAUAUUUCAACUGCGACUACUGUACGGCAUCAUUCGUAAGGAAAGAUUCUCUUCGAUGUCACAUGCGCCAACAUUCUGCAAUACUUUCUUCUACCACCACUGGCGUUACUAGCGUAGAAGAAAGAAGUAGUGUAGAAGUUGGUGGAGAACGAGGCCCUUCUUAUACAUCUUCCGAGUCUCCUUCUUCAUUUCCCACAACUGAGCCACAAUUUCUAAACUUUUUAAACGUCACGUCCUCAACCUCAGGAGCAACAGGGAGUGGUGGGGAGGGCUUGUUCACUUCCAGCUACCCAAAUCUCAACUUUCACCCGGCCACAACGACCUCCACCACAACAAUAAUGGAACCCAACAUUCCAAGGGGUAGUUGUAGAAAUACUAUAAAUGUGUCAGUGCCCAGUAGUGUCAUCACGGAGAAUCCUUUCAUCCCUGCCACAUCAAACAGAAGCCAAAUAUUCCUAGUCAGCAGCGAGUCCUUGGGGAGCUUGCCGUCACAGGAUGCUGUUGAGAAAAUUUCUAGAAAUAGCCCAUCCUCCGUUUCUUCACCUCAUUAACGAACCUACUCAUGAAUUGUGUGUCUAUAGUUAAAUGAUGUGCAUCUCUAAGUACAAUCGCAGUAAUUUAUUUAUUAAAUCACGAACAAAAGACACUGCACAUUGUGACAAUAAUGAAGAAAGUUAUAGUUCAAAUAAUUUGCAAUGAUUCACUCAUUUUGUUGUAUCACAAUCACUAAUUACAACCCAGUAUGAAGGACAUUUUCCAAACUUCAAAUCAACCUCAUUACAAAUGAAAUUGUGUUUAAAAUAAACUUAAUAAAACAUAAUAUUGUCAUUUCUGUUGGUGGUCGUACAUAAACAGGCAAUACCUAAAAUGCUAUGAUAAAAACAAAGAUAGAAGGACGAGAAAUACCUUCACAUUUUCCUCCGACAGAUAUAUGUGGUUGUCUUGAAUGUAUAUAAAGUCUGGUUAUUUAAAAUGGUAUUAGCAAUAUUUAUUUUUAUAAAAUAAACCGACAGAAACACA